AUGAGUCAGCCCAGCCCAGCCCAGCCCAGUUGGGCCUCGUUUCGCCAGGCACAGCCUGUUUCGCCUUGUUUCGCCCAUCUCGACUGUCGCCUGACCGCCAGACACUCACUUGCCACAGGCACUCGCCACUGCAGGCCGCAUCCCAGCGGGUGCACCUCACACACCGGCCACCAGUUGAUGGCGCAACGCACUCACGCACGCCCAAAAAGCCGUCUCACUCGCCACGCUUGA